AUGCAGCACAUAUUCCCGCAGCACGCACACGAUGUGUUCCACGGCGUGCCGCUGGUGUACCCGCGCGAGAUUGACGACGCCUGCGAGCGGAUCCGCGACGCGACGGACGGCCUGGGAGUGGACGAGAAGGUGCUCGUGGACGAGCUGAGCGCCCUAUCGGCGAGCGACCGGUUGCUGCUCAUCUACCGCUACAAGGACUUGUACCGCGAGGAGCUCAAGGACACGCUGAGCAGGGACACGGUGGGCGACUUCCGCUUCCUCUUGCUGCUGCUGACGAUGCCGCUGCCGGAGGUGGAGGCGUUCGUGCUGAACGUGGCCACGUCGGGCUCCGGCACGAAGGAGCGGCUGCUGUACCCGAAAUUCUUCGUGCUGAUGUGGCUGUUCGCGUUGUGGCAGAUUAUCCUGGGCCGCACCAACGAGGAGCUCUCGAUGCUCAAGUCGACGUACUAUUACAUCUUCAACAAGGACCUGACCUGGCUCAUGCGCUCUGAACUGAGCGGCGACUACCGCGAGGUGAUCCUCUUGGCGCUGGAGCGGCUGCAAGUCACGUACGACCCCGAGAUCCACACGUACGCGAGGGCGAAAGCGGACGCCAUCAAGCUCUACGACGCCGGCGAGGGCCGCUGGGGCACGGACGAGACCACCUUCAUCCGUAUCCUGUUCUCGAGCCCGCGCGAGCACCUCGUGCUGGUGAACGACAUCUACAAGAAGAAGUACGUGAGCGAUCUGGAGGAGGCCGUGCGCGCCGAGUUCAGCGGCUACGCGACCGAGGCGCUCGUGUUUUAUGUCCGCUUGGCGCUGGAGCCGCACGCAGCGAUCGCCGACCACUUCGAGCGCAUGAUGAAGGGCCUUGGCACGGACGAGAAGGGGCUGAGCGCCGCCGUGAUCCGCUACCACUGGAUGCAGCCGCGCGUGGAGGCGCUGUACGAGAAGCGGCACGGGCGGUCUCUCGAGGAGCGGAUCCGCACGGACACGGACGCCAACUACGGCGACCUGCUGGUCACGCUGCUGCACAUCCCGACCGACGGCGGCGGCGGCAGCAGCGAGAAGAGUGCGCCCGAGCUUGCAUCGUAGUAGAAGAAGAGCUGCAACUCAACAAGAUGUGUUUCUGUACUGU